UGCUCUGUGUAUAAAUAUGCAUCGAAAUUGCCAUUAUUUUCAGCCAUCAACUUUGUCUAUCUUUGUGAAAGCAGAAAAGAAAAACAAUGACGUUCCAAAUUGAGAAAACAUUUUCCCAAGCCUCGGAGAGGGUGAAGUCGGUAGAAUUCCAUCCAACUCAGCCAUGGGUUCUGCUGAGUAUGCAUUCAGGAGAGGUCCGCAUUCUCAACUUUCAGACUCAAGAAGUGGUGGAGUCAUUCAAGACCACGGAUUCGCCGGUGAGAACAGCAAAGUUCGUCCCACGAAAGCAAUGGAUCGUCACCGGAACCGACGACGGCAAGAUCAGAGUCUACGAUCAAGACAGCAGGGAGCUGGUGAAGGAGGUUCAAGCACACGAGGAUUUCAUCAGGAGUCUCUGCCCCCACCCAACGCUUCCGAUCCUGCUGUCGGCCGGCGACGACAAGGUUGUGAAGAUCUGGGAUUGGGACAAAGACUGGGAGUGCGCUCGAGUCUUCCGAGGCCACUCCCAUUACGUUAUGCAGGCUGCUCUCAACCCACUGGAUCACCAAUCCUUCGCAACUGCAUCCCUCGACAACGCUGUCAAGAUAUGGGACAUUGGCUCCCCUGUUUCCGUUGGGUCACUGGACGGACAUGCAAAAGGAGUCAACUGUGUGACUUACUUGGCAUCAUCAUCAGCUGGAGAGAAGAAGCUGUACCUUUUGAGCGGUUCGGACGAUUUCACGGUGAAGGUUUGGGACUGCGACACCAACUGCUGUGUCCGUACUCUGGAAGGCCAUACCAACAAUGUCUCUGCGGUGGCUGUACAUCCAGAGCUGCCGAUCUUCGUUUCGGUCUCCGAAGAUGGGACUGUUAUCAUCUGGGAUGCUACCACUUUCAAGCCUAUUGAGACAGUGAAUUACGGGCUGGAUAGGGUGUGGGCUAUUGGGUGCAGAGGAGGCUCGAACCAGUAAGUGCUGAUCCCUUACUACUGCUAACUUUUUAAAUCGAUUUUUGAAUUGAAAUACACAUAUCCAAACGCGCUCUCUUGUUACGGAAACCGGAUUAUGAUACGGUAUAUGUUAAUGGAAAUGUUUGGUGUAGGAUGGCUUUUGGUUGCGACAAAGGGACGGCUAUGGUGAAUGUUAUCAGCAGCUCUUAGAUCCCGGAAAUCAAACAUCUCGUAAUAUGGCGUACGUCUAUUAGUUGUGAGGAGUACUAAUAAAUAAAACUCUAUGUACUUUGUUUGUAGUAGGGAAAAUAAACAUAUGUGGCUAUAUUGUGGUGUGAGGGUUACGUGACUUCUAUGUUGAAAAAUAUUGUUUGGGUGUAUGUAUUGUAACGACUAUGUACAAUAUAAAUCUAUUAACAAAUAUUUUGAUUAGUGACUUGACUAUUGUUACUAUUGAAAUUUCUUGAAUAUAUAGAAAAUAUAUAUUUGAUUUCCUAUAUAAAUAUAGAAAAUAUAAUAAUAUAUAAUAUAAGGGCAUGGU